CUCACAGUGUUAUGAUGCAGUUCCACAACACACAGCCACAUUUACCCACAGACCGAGGUACAGAACAAGAGGCAACCUCUGGCCCCCAGCAGCUGUCCAGCCUGCAGUCCCAGUCCUCAAACCCCCAGCUACCCUCCCUCAACCCCAUCCCCUUCCCAAUUGAAGGAGCGGAGAGAGAAGAGAGAAGAGUGAGCAGAGAGAUUGAGAGAGAUAGACGGAGAUCUCUGGAGCAGACCUCAAGGUGAUUUCCAUUUCUAUCUGGUUCUCGUCUGGGGGGGCCCUGGCCGGGCAGCCCCCCCACACUCCCACUGUCCUGAAACACGGCUCUAGCCAAUCUGCUCCGCUGCUUUACCUGCGACCGUCUCUGCGGGGGCUGCACGGCACCAGCCCCUCCAGCCCGCCAGGGCAUCGUCCUCCAGCCCGUCAUGCCCAGCUGUGACCCAGGCCCGGCCCCUGCCUGUCUCCCCACCAAGACUUUCCGCAGCUACCUGCCCCGCUGCCACCGCACGUACAGUUGUGUCCAUUGUCGAGCACACUUGGCCAAACACGAUGAGCUUAUUUCCAAGUCCUUCCAAGGGAGCCAUGGCCGGGCCUACCUGUUUAACUCCGUGGUCAACGUGGGUUGUGGGCCAGCUGAACAGCGCCUCCUGCUCACAGGACUCCACUCGGUAGCUGACAUUUUCUGCGAAAGCUGCAAGACCACACUGGGCUGGAAAUACGAACAAGCUUUUGAGACCAGCCAGAAAUACAAAGAAGGGAAGUACAUCAUUGAGAUGUCACACAUGGUCAAAGACAACGGCUGGGACUGAGGGAUCAGCAGGCUGCGACCCUCCUCCGCAUGCCCCAUCUUCCUCACACCAGACCCCUGGCCCCGUGAGCAGUCCACACCAGCAUGAGGACUGCCCACCCCUGGGGAAACCUGGCUCCAAAUGACCACCGCCUCCCUUCCCCCACCACAGCAGUACCAGGUCCCUUUGGAAACAGGAGCCUGCGAUACCCCAGAGGUGGUGAAGGCUCAGGAGUGGGUAGCAGUCAGGGAAAUACGAAACUGGGGAGAGGAGAUGAAGGUGGCCCUGGAAAGUGACGACGGCAGGGUGUGAACUCAGGUAGUUACCAAACUUUGAGUGAACUGGACAAACACUGGUAUGGGGCGAGACCACAGAGUAGCAAAGACUUUGGUCGGUCUCAGAUAUCAGGGCCCCAGAGUCUGAGGGUAGUUUACCCAACCCCAUUCUUGGUUUU